UUGGGCUGCGUUCGCCCGUGCCGCCUCCUCUGGCCCUGCAACGUAUAAGGUGAGUUUCCCUUCAUUUGAAGCCUGUUUUCUGGUUUUGAUGGAUCGGCUCUCUCCUCAAACAGGGGAUAUACUUGUUGAAUUUCUUCAAGUUGCCAUUACAUCAAUCGUCUUCCUCAAAGGAAUAUACCCAUCCGGUGCUUUUGAAAGGCGGCAAUAUAUGAAUUUAGUGGUUCACAGGGCUCGACACCCACAGCUUAAUCACUAUAUUCACAAUACCCUCGAUGCACUUCUUCCUUACAUUCAACAGGGGAUGGUUGAGAGAGUUGCAGUCAUUUUCUUUAACGGUGAUAAAAUUCCAAUGGAGAGAUUCAUGUUCAAGAUUAACGUGAAGAAGCAAUGUUAUGGGACAAUGAUGGACCUGGAGUCCUCCCUCAGAUCAUUCUUGAUCAAGCUCUCUCUUUCUUCUUCUUCUUCUUCUUCUUCUAAGAUGGCUGAUGAUUGUCAAGAUUGGAGGUGGGAAAUAACAGGUUACUUUGGUGGUAUGAUAAAAGAUGCAAGUAGGUGGGUUCCGACGGGUACACAGCAGUGGCAACAACCUCCUCUUAUAACACCCAUCAAGUCCAUGAAUACGGAUCCAUUUUCCGUGCAGCUCUAUUUGGAACAUCCGAACAGUCCUUAAUUUAACUGCAUUUUAGCAGAGCUUUAAUUGA